AUACUGGCAGUGCAGGUAGAGAGAGAGAGAGACCUUCACAUACCAUAGUUAUUCACUUGGUGAGUCCAAUUGACUCGCUGCCAUGGAAGUGAACGGCACAGCCAACAUUCUGUCCUCGGCGUAUCUGGCCGCGGAAUUUGUCGAUUCAGUUCUGCCAGAAAAUCCACUGCAGGAACCUUUGAAGCAUGCGUGGAAUCACAUGCUGCAGAACUACAGCAAAUUCCAGAUCGCUACCUGGGGCUCCCUCAUCGUCCAUGAACUCGUUUAUUUCCUGUUCUGUCUGCCUGGAUUUAUUUUUCAGUUCCUCCCUUUCAUACAAAAGUAUAAGAUCCAACCGGAUAAACCAGAGACAUGGGAGAAACAGUGGAAGUGCUUUAAGAUGCUGUUGUUUAAUCACUUCUGUAUCCAGCUACCACUCAUCUGUGGAACAUAUCACUUUACUGAGUUCUUCAACAUCCCUUAUGACUGGGACUCCAUGCCUCGCUGGCCUUAUCUAUUGGCUCAAUGUUUUGGCUGUGCAGUGAUUGAGGACACAUGGCAUUACUUCCUCCACCGAGCCCUACAUCACCGCAGAAUCUACAAAUACAUUCAUAAAGUUCAUCACGACUUCACUGCUCCAUUUGGCAUGCAGGCAGAAUAUGCCCACCCUGCUGAGACUCUGAUUUUAGGGGCAGGAUUCUUCAUUGGCAUCAUGGUCUUCUGUAAUCAUGUUAUUUUGCUCUGGGCCUGGGUCACUUUCCGCUUGCUUGAAACCAUUGAUGUUCACAGUGGUUAUGACAUUCCUCUGAACCCGCUACAUUUGAUUCCGUUCUACGCUGGAGCUCGUUUCCACGACUUCCACCACAUGAAUUUUGUGGGCAACUAUGGAUCUACAUUCACAUGGUGGGACAGACUCUUCAACACUGAUUCCCAGUUUUACAAACAUUACAGUCAAAAAACAGUGAAGAGCGAUUAAUUGACAGAGAUACGCUCAAUAACAUGCACUGAUGCUUCAUCAUGAUCUAUCUCUCAUGGACUCCUGUGUUGACUCUGGUUGUUCUGAUGCUUUUGCAUUAGCUCUUCCCACAUGUAAACCCAAACAUACACUUACUGUAGGGUUAAGUAUUUAAAUUGGACUGAAUGGAAUCAGAUCAAUCAAUGCCAGCUUCUUCAAUCAUUGUGCCUUUUAAAAGCAAACACCAUAUACAUCAUUAGCCCAUUGGUCAGAGAUCCAGAGGACUGUUGUGAAUUAAAGCAACACUUGCAGCAUGUGGUCUGUGCUCUUAACGUUUACUGUAAACAUUCACCUCUUUUAAGUAAUUAAGACUUCAUUCCUCAAAAGCACUUUACUAUGACCUGAACAAAGAUGCACUGUCUUAAAAAAAAAGUUAUUUGUUACCUUUGCUGAUUUUACUGAGAUUAAUCGAGUAACGUUCCUGUAAAGAGUUUAAAGCAAUCAUUUGUAACCACCCAAAGCACCCGCUACCCAUGGGAUGAAAGAAAAUAAACUGUGUUUUCUGGUUCCUAGUGGAGAACACUAAUUCAAAAUGUUAGCUUGUUAUUUUUAAGGAAAGUUGAUGGAUUAAAGUAUGACCAAAAACGUGGCUCUGUGGUAGCGAGAGCUCAAUCAAACAUUCAACAUGUGUCUUUCCAUCACGUUUUCACAUUCUACAUCAUCAUUCAAGCCAAGUGUUGCACAACCAUGUGCAUGCAUGGGGAUGCAUCCUCUAACAGGCCUUUUGCUGUAUUUCAAGUGAAUUAAAUGCACUUGUGCAGUUUGUUAGACAGUAUGAUACUAUCACAGUAGAAAUGUUUCACAUGGGGUUUGUAGCCCCAGAACAAGAUGUGCUUUACAUAUUACAGUAGCAUAUGCCAAGUGGCAUAUGGGGUGGGCAAACAGUCCCAGAAUAUACUGUAAAAUUAUUUAAAAGUCUGCUGUACAGGGAAUGAAGUGAUCUAGUGGCUGAGUUGCCUCAGGUCAGGGGUAACACAUUUGAAAAAUUACCUGAAAUCAAGAACAUAAUAAUAAUAAUGCAUUAUCACAAACACAAUGUUAAGCUUCAUUUAAUGAACCAAACAGCUUUCAACUGUGUUUGAUAUAAUGGCAAGUGAUUUUCUAGUAACAAAUUAGCAAUGUAGCAUGAUUACUCAAGGAUAAGGUGUUGGAGUGAUGCUGCUGUCUAGAUUUGAUCAAAAAUGACUUUUUUCAAAUAGUGAUGGUGCUGUGUUUUACAUCAGUAAUGUCCUGACUAUACAUUGUGAUCAGUUGAAUGAAUGCCACUUUGGUGAAUUAAAGUACCA